GACACAUCAACAAAGUGUGUUUUGAAAAUUAUUUCUCUCUUUCUGUUCUGAAUAUGAAUAUGGAGGGUGGAAAGAUGUUGGCAAUGGGAGGGGAUGAGUUGUUAGAAGCUCAAUCUCACGUAUGGAAUCACAUCUUCAACUUCAUAAACUCAAUGUCUCUCAAAUGUGCAAUCCAACUUGGAAUUCCAGACGCCAUCCAUAGCCAUGGACCCAACCCUGUGCCUCUCUCUAUUCUUGUUUCAUCUCUCCAACUUCAUCCUAAUAAAACCCAAUUCAUAUACCGUUUGAUGCGUUUACUAACUCACUCUGGUUUCUUUGUUCAACAAGAAGAAGGAUAUAUUCUUACCAAUUCAUCUCGCCUUCUCCUUAAAGACAAUCCUUGUGCUGUAUCUCCUUUCCUACUUUCCAUGCUCCAGCCAGCCCUCACAGAUCCAUGGCAGUUCCUCUCAAUCUGGUUCCAGACUGACGACCAAACGCCAUUCGAGACAGCACACGGAGUGCCCUUCUGGAAGUACAUGAGGAAUAAGCCAAAAGAAGGGGAGGUUUUUAAUGCAGGCAUGGCGAGUGAUGCGAGGUUGGUGAUUAAUGUGUUAUUGGAAAAACAUAGAAGUGUUUUUGAAGGAGUUGAGUCGUUGGUUGAUGUUGGUGGUGGCACAGGAACUGUGGCCAAAGCCAUUUCCCAAGCUUUUCCACAAAUGGAAUGCACUGUGUUGGAUCUUCCCCAAGUAGUGGCUCAUUUGAAGGGAGAUCAACCAAACUUCAAAUAUGUUGAAGGAGAUAUGUUUACCCUUAUUCCUCCGGCUGAUACUAUUCUGUUGAAGUGGAUAUUACACGACUGGAGCGAUGAAGAAUGUGUGGAGAUUUUGAAGAAGUGCAAAGAAGCAAUCACAGGCAGUGGUAGUAAGAAAGGGAAAGUGAUGGUAAUUGAUUUGGUGUUAUUUAAUACGAAAAAUGAUGCAGAUUCAAUUGAGACACAACUAUUGUACGACAUGUUGAUGAUGAUUGUACCUGGAGGAAAAGAAAGAGAGGAAAAGGAAUGGGCUAAAUUGAUUAAAGAAGCUGGAUUUAGGGCCUACAAGAUCUUCCCUAUUUUAGACUUAAGGUCUCUGAUAGAGAUUUAUCCAUGACAUCACUUCCUUUUCUAACAACUUCAUACAAGGGAGAUGAAUUUGAUUACUGAAUAAAGUAUUUAGGUCAAUCUUAAUUAAGUCUGGAUUGUUAUGGUAGAAGUUAUCUAUUUUGGAUUUAGUGAAACAAUGUUGCCAUUGAAGUUUGGAAUAAAACAAAUUUGCUUCCAUAUCAUGUAUUAGAAAUUAGUAUCUUUGAUUUACAAAUAAAAUAAGAUCAUUUCAUAUUUACUAUUUUA